AUGAAGAAUGCGUUUAAAAUAUUUCCGACUGUUUGCUUCGCAGCCUUGGAGUGUAUUCUCUGGAGUCAGACUCUUCUUGCCGGAAUUAUUUUAUUCUGUCUUCUGCUUGCCUCCUCUGAGGCCAUAAAGAAUCGUGUGAAAUGCUCGGCAGGUUGCUGGGAAGUCGGGAUACAGUGCAGGAGCGCGUGCCCCAAAGGAAGGGCAAAUUGCGGCAAAGCGUGCCAGGAGGCAGUAGCUAAUUGUAUCGAAUUGAAAUGCGAGGUCCCGGAAAGAGUGGAUACCGUAGAGGACCAUCUGCGAUAUGGCAAGUAA